UCCCCAGACCCAGACUCGAGUGCCGGAUCAAUAGGCGAGAGAACUGCCGCGCGGUCGAUGUUUUCGGCGCGCGCCGUACACCCGCGCAUGCGCAGUCCGCCCCGACGCGCGGACGACGGGAGAAACCCGCUCGGGCAGUCAGUCGUUAUUUCGCGUCCGGGCAACGCGCAGCUGAUCGCGCGCGACGCUUUUGAAAAACGGAAAAAAUAAAGUAAACUUAGGUCGUUCGUCUUCCGCGGUUGUGAUGCGCGACUUCGAAGUGGUGUGCGAGAAGGCAUUUUAAGUCAACAAAUGAAGCUAGCGACCGCGAGUCACACCGAAAUAUGUCCACUUAAUUUCCAGGAGGCCGGAAAACGUGCGUACCGUGCCGUGAGGUGGAACACCGCAUAAAAUGUAAAAAAGAACUACAGACUCAAAGAUUCCUGAGGAAAAUAAACUUGGGACCGCAAGCAGCGACACGUACUUAAACAUGUGCACCGCCGUGAUACUGGCGGCCGUGGCGACGGUGGCGAGCGUUCUGGUCGCGAGCGCGCACGGCACUCGGAUCGACACGGGACUCACGAACGUGGACGAGAUGCGGUACGAGCUGAUGGACCUGGUCCACGACCUGUGGGACGACGUCAAGGACCCCCGCUGGGUGGCGCUCGCCAACGACAGCCUCGGCGGGGCGGACAUCGAGCUGCUCCGGGCGUUCCAGACGCUCGGGGACAAGGUGGAGCAGCGCUCUCCCCGCACGGGCCAGUACACGGAGCUGGGCUCCCUGUGGGCCUGGGCGCGCGCCGACGCCGAGCUGCGCAGGAUCCGCGCGCUCUACGACUCCUUCCGGAGGUUCCAGGAGCAGCAGACGCGGCCCGACGUCCUCCCCUCGUCCCGGAGGGCGUGGACGGACCUCGCCGAGACCAUCCUGCAGGACUCCACCUCCUCCGUGCCCCAGUCCCUGUCCCGCCUGCACGACCUCAUCGCCAACCCCGUCGGCGCCGGCGGCGACCUCUUCCAGCAGGCCCUCAAGGAGUCCGCCAGCAACGUGUGCAACAUGCCGCAGUCCGCUCAACAGCUGCUGUACAACCUGUACACGUCCGUGGCCCUGACCGAGCUCAAAGGCUACGCCAUGAUGCAGUUCUCGUGGAUGCUGCUGAAGCUGUACGAUAAAGGCAACUUCACGCUGGAGGCCCAGAUGAUGCGGGACCGGUACGAGGUGCGCACGGAGCAGAAGGUGGCGGCGGUGAAGGCGGCGAUGCGGGCCGCCGGCCGAGAGCUGCGUCGCUGCGACCCCAAGCACCACGUCGAGGGCGAGACGUACGUGCAGUUGACGCAGCUGCUGCAGGGACACGUGCAGAACGAGGUGGACAUGAGCACCGAGUCGACGUGCCGCGAGAACUGCGCCUACUACUCCUACGCCAAGAGCCACGGCUGCUACCAGAACCAGUUCUGCUCCCAGCAGCCGCGCUGCAACGGCAGGCUCAUCGACUGCCGGUUCAUCGACUCCGACAUGUGGGUGUGUCAGGCGGACAAGGCCAGCGACCGCCGCUACAGCUGGAUCGAGUACGAGAACGGGCGGGUGCUGGGCCAGAAGGGGACCUGCAGCCGGGGCACCACCAAGGUGGACAGCUGGUGGCGCUGGCUGUUCUGGCACUGCUCCUACUGCUUCUGCCUGUGCGACGAGCAGGGCCCCAAGUCGGACCGCUACUUCAACCUGCGGCCCGUCGCCGCCGACGUCGAGAACAACAUGGUCGUGACGGGGCUGCGGUUCGUGAAGGACAACCGCGUCAUCCACCUGCAGAUACAGGAGGGCGCCCUGCUCCCCCACGGGGAGAUCAACGAGACGUCUCUGAGCUGGCGGCCCGUCGACGACUACCGGAUAUCAGACUCCGACGUCCACAACGGCGAGGACUACCACACCCUCAGCUGGGAGCAGAGGGCCAUCGACAUAGACGACCUAAUGGUCCCGGCCGGACAUGUCCUGACAGGUGUGCGCUUUCGACGUGUGGGAACGCACAUGAAUCUUGAAAUAAUGGCAACACCUAUCAACUUCACCGAAGGGAUCCUCAUACAGCCCAAAGAAAAAAGCCUUUGGCAUGCGAACGACAACACGGAUGCCUCGCUGGUGACCCCACGGAAAAGGAUCGACCUGGAGAACCCUGACGUCCCGACCCGCUCCUACGCCUCGCAGCCAGACUCGAAGCCCGACCAGUUCCUCCUCUUCACGCACUCGGACGUCGACGCGGACGCGGCCCAGACGACAGUGCCGUUCCUGGACGCCCAGCCGGUGAGCUCCAACCCCCCCACGCUGCUCGCCGGCGCCGGCAUCUACCACAAGGGGCAGCGCGGCUACGGCGGCUUCGUGGCGCCCAAGGUCUUCACCUACGACUACGCGCCCCACAUCAGCGCCAAGUUCCCGUCGGACCAGCGCUACCACAACAGGCGGAAAUAACGACCCCCCCGGGGUUCCCUAGUGCCGCGAUCUCAGAAAGAUAAAAACAUUAACUUCAUCUUAGCAUAUAGUUAUUACUCUGCCCCAUGUAUGUCUUUGCAUUCUUUUGGCUUGUUCAAUAGGUAUCAAUCAUUUUAACAGAUUAUACUCUUCCAUGUGAGAUCACAAUCACUUGUCCUACUUAAAUUGAUAUAUGAAAAAAAGAAAACAAAAUUUCCCGUUGAAUCAAACCUGCACAUUUAAUUACUCGUAUGUCAAUGUUGCGCAGUAAAUGUACCCACAGUUUUUGCUCAAGUUGAAAAGAACUCCAUUUGAUGUGAAUACCCAAAAAACUUGUAAUGUAUGUAUUAGACGUAAGACUUAAAAAAGGUAUACGUGUUGUCAUUGCAAUCACGAAUCUGCAAUACAAUAAUUGUAAUACAGACUGCAUGAUGGUGAAACUAACACAAGGAAUACAAGGGUGUUAUUUUAUAUAUACUUUUUAUCAAUAUGCUAUUUAAAUGUACUGCUACGAGAGGGGUUGACUGAAAACGCACAUUUUGCACACAGAAGCAUAAAGCAAUGUAAUGUCAAUACUGUAUUUACACUAGAUUUAACCGUAGAAAAUAAACCAUGUACCCUAAACUGAUUUAUGUCAAUAAGUUUCAUCUCAACAUUAAUGACAGUAGACAAAUUUAUCUGCCGUUGAUCUGAUGUUUGUAACUUGGUAGUUAGACACUUCAAAUGUAUUGGUGAAGGGAUGAAGUAAAUAUAUUGCAACGAUAAAA